GCAUUAAAUUAGAUGCGGAAAGAAUAGUAGGCGUAUUACAUAAUCUAAACACUUAUACCACAAUAAGAGACGGCCGUAGCCAGUCGUCAACGAAAUCUCGACUUCCUCUGUCUGACUAGAUACAAGAACGGUACAGUAGAUGUACCAUACAAGUGGACUGAUUCAACAUGAAUCGUGAUAGUAACCCGGAGAAAGUGGAGGAACUAUUAAUCUCUCAUUUGAAAGAGAAAAAUGUUUUCCGAAAGGAAAAACCAUGGACCAUUCGUUAUUCCCCGUUAGGCGGAUACGGUUUGUUCGCCACUCGUGACAUUCGACAGAAUGAAUUAAUCAUCAUCGACGCGCCUCUCAUAAUCGGGCCAAAGGCAGUAGGCAAACAUCUGCAGAUGUGCGUGUGCUGUUAUAAAAACGAGUGCGCGUUAUUUCCGUGCGAUAGAGGCUGCGGGUUGCCGGUCUGUUCCGUAGAAUGCGAGAACUUGCCGGAACACGUGAAUUAUGAAUGCGAUUACUUGAGGUCAUUGGCACCGAGUUGCGGCACCGAUUGGUCCUUGGACUUGAUGUUGGCUGUGGUCCCCAUCCGUGCGCUCUUCUUGACUGAACAACAACGAAAAUGCUUAGCUUCGAUUCAGUCAAAUCAAACUGAUAUUUAUUACGAGCUUGAGCUGCUUAAGAGAAAUGUGGCUAACCUUCCGAAUGAGGAGGACAUGAAGCUGAUGAGGCAUGUAUGCGGUGCUUUUUAUACGAAUGCCUUCGAAACGGUAAAAGUUCAUGAUAAGGAUCGUUCCUCAAGUUUGCGAGGCCUCUAUCCUAUAGCAGCAUUGCAAAAUCAUUGCUGUGUACCGAAUACCAGCCAUCACUUCGACGCGGAAUGCAGGCUCUACGUCAACACGACUCGUCCGAUCUCUGCCGGCGAGGAAUUGACUAUGACCUAUACUAGUCUAUUUUGGGACACCACGUUGCGGAGGCAAUUUUUAAGCGUCACCAAACAGUUCUCCUGUACGUGCGGGAGGUGUAGCGAUUCUACUGAGUUUGGAACUAAAUUAGGUGCUCUCUUGUGCGCAUCUGAUAAAUGUUCCGGACAGUUAUUGCCUCGCGAUCCGCUUAAUAUUAAAAGUCCUUGGGUCUGUGACAAGUGUACCUUAACUAUAAAUCAUCGGCAGGUACAUUCGAUUCGUUCAGGUAUAGCAGCCGUAACGGAAGAGCUUUUAUAUAAAACUCCGCGACAAAUUUUUAAGUUCAUGCAAAGGGAAUUAAUGCAUCUGGUUCCUCGGACAAAUUAUCUUCUCGCAGACAUAAAGUUUCGAAUUAUUUCCUAUUUCGGAAGGAACGAUGGAGUCACGUGGCAAG